AUGUUCAUGUUAGAAAGAAACCAGAAGCAGGCUUGCUUCACUCUUUUACUGAUAAAUUAUUAUGUGGAGCUUCUUAUUGACUUUAAUGGAAAUAAAUUUGCUGCUCGGCAAACGGUAAAUAUUGAAAUGGAAUGGGAAUGUGAGCAUGAGGGGACGAAGUCAUUCAUUGAUAGGAUAUUGACUUCAAAUGGCAGAGUAAAAGGGAAAAGAGCUUUGGAAAUUGUGUAG